UAUCGUUUUUUAUUGAGCCAUAUUGAAGUAAGUGUUUUCUUUAGCGUCGCUUGAAUGUUUGAUUGAAAUAAAACGAUUGAGGUAGACCUAAAUAGUCUUUUUUUUAAAAAAAUUUAACGGUAUUUUAAUUUUUCUGUGAGAAUUGAUAGAUAUGGCAUCUUUUUAUGGAAAUAGGACGUUGAGAGAACGCAUAACAGAAGCCGAGCGGAAACAAUGUAGAAGCACGAGAAAUGAAGAAAAAUCUCGGGAUGUUCCUGAUUCAAGUGAACAUGAGGCUAAAAAGCCUAAGAAAGUAGAUGAACGAGGAGCAAAGUUUGAUUCUCAAGGUGUACAUAAGGAAACAGGGCUUAAUCUAUGCGAUUGCAUGCGUGUAAGUUGCGAUGGAUGUUUCUUUCUUUGCUUAAAAUGUUCUUCACCUAAAUGUGGGCAUAAAUGUCGUGGAAAUCGUAGAUGGAUUUAUGAAAAAAUGGAAGUUGAAGGUACCAGUUUUUCUAUGCAAAGCCCAUACAAGAAAUAAUUUGAAUCAGUCUUUUAUGUGAUUUUUUUCAUUCAUCCUUUUCUAUUCAAUAUAAAUUUAAGUAGUUGUAUAAGCUGCAUUAAAUGAAUGGAUAAAAACAAGCAAGAGUAAGAAAAAGAAAAAGUUCUGCUCAGUCAUAUGUCAUCUGUGAAAUGCACUUCUGUAUCUAACCAUUUUACAUGAA